AUGGCGAUUGAAGAAAAGUCAACAUCCGCCGAACCGGGACCAUACGACGCCCUGAGUAGGUUCUCAUCGCUUACUGGCGAGGACGCCCGAAAAUGGUGGGAACACACAGGCCCCGUACUGGAGAAGGUGAUGAGAGACUCAGGAUAUGAGCCCCGGAGCCAGUACAUAUAUCUGUACUUUGUACAACAACAUCUCAUUCCAUACCUGGGAAAAUUCCCCACCAGGGGUCAAGACGAUCAUCGUUGGCAGAGCAAUCUGACCCCGUACAAGGUCCCCUACGAGCUGAGCUGGAAUGUUUCACACAAAGUGGUCAGAAUAUCGUGGGAUCCGGUCUGUGAUGCGUCGGGGACCGAGAAUGACGCUUUUAAUAAGAAGGCGAUCCACGACUGUACUCGUCAACUCGCUGCGCUGGAUAGCACCAUUAUUCCCGACAGGUACAGACUUCUUCACAAGGACCUGGUCAUCACAGACGAAGAAGAACAGGAACUUGUUCGCCGCGAUGACCUACCAAAAUCCGGCAGAGGACAACAUAACUUGGCCGUGGAUUUCCAGGACGGAGGCAUAACCCUGAAAGUUUACUUCUAUCCGUACAUGAAAUUCCUCGCAACUGGAAUCCCGAUCGAGGAGCUCUUUUUCAGUGCAAUCGAGAAACUAGGCAUCGCGGAUAUCGACGAAGCUGUUGGGAUGCUGAGAUGCUUCCUUAGCCCGAAGUUUGACGACGGCAAACCUUCGGUUGAUGAAAAAGUGUUUCCUAGUCUGCUCGCCUGCGACCUCUGCGACCCCAGCAAGAGUCGCAUCAAGUACUAUGUGAUCGAUAAAUGGGUGAAAUGGGAGCGAAUCGCGAGCCUCUGGACGAUCGGGGGCCGACGCCUCGAAGACCCCUACUGUGCUAAGGGCCUGGCCCUGCUCAAGGAACUCUGGGAUCUUCUGGCAAUCCCGGAAGGCGACCGUGGAGAUAUUUGGCCUAACCUAGUCCUUGGGCAGCCCCCGACGCAUCUGAUGACUACGAUUGCGAACUAUACGCUAUCGCCGGCGAGCCGUUUCCCAGAGCCGCAGGUGUACCUGACCACGUUUGGGCUGAACGAUAUGGCAAUCAUGGAUGCUUUGACGGCUUUCUAUGAGCGUGUUGGCUUUACCGACAUGGCCAAGUCGUAUAAAAAGAACGUCCAGUCGUACUAUCCCAAUCUGGAUCUCAAUCAGACAAACUGGGUCCACGAAGCCGUUUCCUUUUCGUAUCGGAAUUCAAAGCCGUACCUCAGCGUGUACUAUUCUCCUUUCUGA